CUCCCUGCUGCCCUUAGGGUUUUGACACUGAGUUCUCUCUUAACUGAAUCUGCCUCUGCAGCUUCUCUCCUCUCUACAUCAGUGUACUAUGGCAAGUAUUGCUGCUCAGCCGGUCAAGGAUAGGUGCUCAGCCCUAGGCAUUGGCACCAAUAAAAACCCGGUAAAAUACUUGAACCAGGACUAUGAGGAGCUGUUGGUACAGUGCCUGGCAUCUGGAAAGCUAUUUGAAGAUCCAACUUUUCCAGCUGCUCAGGCUUCUCUGGGCGUCAACCAUCUUGGACCAAAGUCAGAACAGGUACAAGGGCUCGUCUGGAAAAGACCUGCGGAAAUAAAGGAAAAGCCUCAAUUUAUUAACGAGGGUGCAAAACGAGCUGAUGUACGACAAGGAUCUUUAGGCAACUGCUGGUUUCUUUGCUCCAUUGCAUCUCUCACCCUAAAUGAAGAGUGUUUGAACCGCGUGGUUCCAGGAGAUCAAAGCUUUGACAACAACUAUGCAGGGAUCUUCCAUUUUAAGUUCUGGCAAUACGGGCAGUGGGUGGAUGUUGUGGUGGAUGAUCGCCUGCCAACAAAGAAUGGGAAAUUACUCUUUGUAAAGUCAACAGUGGCCUAUGAGUUCUGGAGCGCCCUCCUGGAGAAAGCCUACGCCAAGCUGAAUGGGUCCUAUGAGGCUCUAAAAGGCGGCUUAUCUUUGGAAGCUCUAGAAGACUUUACUGGAGGUGUCGGUGAAUUAUAUUACUUCGAAAAAGCUCCGAACAAUUUGUUUCAGAUCAUCCGUAAAGCCUUGAAAACAAAGUCCCUGGUCACCUGCAGCACUAAAUCGGACUUUGGAUUAGAUGAAAUAGUUGUGAGCACCAAUGUUGUAAAGAAUCACGCAUAUUCUCUGAUCGGUGCUGAAGAGGUCAGCUAUCGUGGAGACACAUUGCAGCUUGUCCGAGUGAGGAAUCCCUGGGGUUAUACAGAGUGGAAUGGCAUCUGGAGUGAUAAUGCUCUGGAAUGGAAUGAAGUUCUCCCAGAAAUUAAGGCUCAGCUGCAUCUGCUGUGUGAUGAUGGAGAGACCUGGAUGCCUUUUUCUUCCUUCUUGGUUGAAUUCUAUCGGGUAGAAAUCUGCCACCUUAAUCUGGACAAUGUAUGUUGUAGCAAAAUACAUAAGUGGUGUCUAACUGGAUUUAAUGGAAAGUGGAUAUCAGGAGUGAAUGCAGGAGGAUGCAAAAGCAACUCGACAUUUUGGACCAAUCCACAGUUCCGAAUCACUCUGGAGGACUCUGGUGAGAAUUGCAUAGGAGAGAGUGGGGAGCCACGCUGUACAGUGCUGGUCAGUCUGAUGCAGAAAGAGCGUCGGAGAAAGAAAGGAGGGGACUAUUUAACAAUUGGCUACUAUAUAUACAAGGUCCCUAAACAGAAUCUCACAGAUCUGCAGCUGGGGAAAGAUUUCUUUAAAAAAAAUAAAGACGCAGCCCGUGUGGAUUUUUACAAAAAUGACCGUGAAGUAUCCAAACGGUUCCUGCUUCCUGUUGGAAACUACGUGAUCAUCCCAACCACCUACUGUCCUUCUGAAGAGGCGGACUUCUUUCUUCGUGUCUUCUCAGAAAGGAACUCCAAUGGGCAUGAAACUGGCAAAGUGGUGGAAGAAAAUAUCUAUGAGUGUCUCUGUGCUGCACUCAUAUAAAGGGAACUACAUACGCAUACACAGAACGGGUGACUGCGCAUCGUCUUUGAACUACCUGUUUGCUCAGAGGCAGAACUAUCUUUAUUCGAUCAAUUAUAACCCUUAUCAGGAAUAUAGAAAAUGACCAGUGUAUUGCAUUUCAUGUAAAAUACUUUUUCUUUAUAUAAAAAACACCUAACAAAAGUCAAUAAAAAAUAAAAAUGUUAUG